AUGUUCCUCUCGCGUCUGCGCCAGAUCUAUGCUCGUUAUAUGCACGCAACAGUCGAGUUCACCACCCAGGUCCUGAAAUGUGAUCCCUCUAGCAUAUCCUUCCCACCUACCUCUGACCAGCCAGAAAUUACUUCUCAAGAAACUCUUGACGCGUUAAAGACCGCCGUGCACAACCUUGUCGACCUCAACCAGACCGUAGUUUUCCCAACAGAAACCGUCUAUGGUCUCGGUGCGCUGGCACUGGUCAGCAAUGCAGCCUCCAAGAUAUUUUCUACCAAGGGCCGGCCGCCCGACAACCCAUUAAUUGUCCAUGUAUCCUCAAUCGCUAUGCUCAACUCCCUCCUUCCACCCGGCUACACCAUCCCGAAAACCUACCAGAUCUUGAUGAAGCACUUCUGGCCAGGGGCCCUGACCCUCCUCUUCCCUCGCAACGCGGACGUCGUACCCACGAUCAUCACAGCCAGCCAACCCACCGUGGCCAUCCGCAUGCCCUCCCAUCCUGUCGCCCGAGCACUCAUCGCCAUCGCCAAUGCGCCUCUCGCAGCCCCUAGUGCCAACACCUCUGGAAAACCCAGCCCAACGCGCGCAGAGCACGUUCAUCGCGACUUGAACGGCAAAGUGGGUCUCAUUCUCGAUGGAGGAGCAUGUGGCGUCGGUCUGGAGAGCACGGUCGUCGAUGGGCUGCAUGAUGAUGGGAACGUACGGGUGCUACGUCCAGGUGGUAUCACCGUGGAGGACAUCGAGAGGGCGCUCAGGAAGGAGAUCCACGACGUCGCCAAGGUCGCCAAGGUCCUUGUACACAAGCGCGACUAUGCCGACGAAAAAAUCGAAGCCGCCCCGACGACGCCAGGGAUGAAAUAUCGACAUUACUCGCCGUCCGUUCCAGUCACUCUCCUCCUUACAGUCCCAAGUCUCUCCGGCACGCAGACGUCUGUACAACUUAGUGGAUACAUCGACUCCCUGCAGAAAGAAACCCCCGGGAAGGAUUUGAAGAUCGGUGUACUUGCUGCAACGGAUUCAAAGAUUUGGAAUUCUCUAGACUCUAUAGAUGGCGUCGCCUGGUACCGUUAUCCACUGGGACUGAUAUCAGAACCCUCUGUAAUUGCGCACCGCCUGUUUGACGGGCUACUUACAUUAGAAAAGGACGGCGUCCAGCAGAUGCUUGUUGAAGAGGUUGAAGAAACUAGAGAGGGCCUGGCGGUCAUGAACCGCAUUCGGAAAGCCGCCAGCGAUACUAUACGCGUUACGCUGAGUUGA